UAGUGAUUUUGCAUGGAGGAUUUCAGGAGAACUGAGUCUUGGACGAGUUCGGAGGCCUCUUCCUCUGAGUCGGGCGAGGUCUCCUCGGUUUGCUCAACAACAAGAAGUUCCAAACUUGGAUUCUUUGAUGACUGAAUCUACAUCUACAGAAUGGACGGAUGAGAAGCAUAAUUUAUACCUUAAAUCCAUGGAAGCUUCAUUUGUUGACCAGUUAUAUGAUUCGAUGGAUUUUCUUGGAUACAAAUCACAAAAGAACAAUACCUCUUCAGGCCAGUUUAAAGUUCUUCGAGGUGGUUGCUGGAAGAAGAUCAAUUUCGGAACACCCGGAUUUCAACCAAAUACAAGUGAUCGCUCUAGCUGUUUCAUGGCUAGUCCUUGGAUCCAGCACUUCAGAUCGGGAUCCGAUUCUCGUGUAUUCGCCUCGUGUAGUCAUCUUCAAGAUCACGCUUCAUCAAAAGAGGUGUCGGAUCAGAACUUUAUAGAUGAAAAAACUAGCAAUGAACGCGGUUCCAAGAAGCUAAAAUCUGUGGCAAAUGAUGCUUGAUGCAAUGAUCAGGUAAAAGAUUUAUUGUCAUUGGUCUUUUUUAUUAAAACCAAGACAAAAACAUGAAUGACUUUGGUUUUAGUCCUGAUUUUUCUGCCACAUUUCUCGUUUUGGUUUUAGGCUAUUCUGUAAGCUAAAGAAGCAUCCUUUAGCAGAAGUAGCUAAACAUAUAUUGCAGAGACUAAGAUGGAGCUUCCGCCGGUGAGACUUGCCCGGGUACAGUGAGCAAACCAGAGGAAACUCCAUGGAUAUUAGUUUUUGUUGAUUUCUUCGAUCACUUCAUGCUCUUCGUCGGUUUUGUGUUACAUCCAUAUGCAUAAUCACCAUGCUAUCUUGAUUCAAUAUGUUUGUUCGAUACGAGAAUGUUAUGUGAC